CGUCAUCAAUGUGCGCAGCGUGCACCUCAUAGGGACCUCGUAUCUUAGAUUCUGCUCCCUUCGUUCAAAGAGUACAUUUGAUCUAAAUAGGAUGCCUCUUCCUGCGGCACUGCUGGCCCGCUUGGCUAAGAGAGGGAUUGUGAAACCAUCAGAGCAAGGGGCGGAUGAGGAGAUUAUUGCUGAAGAUUAUGAUGACAACAAUGUAGAUUAUGAAGCCACCAGGGUGGAAAGUCUGCCACCAAACUGGUAUAAAGUCUUUGACCCUGCUUGUGGUCUUCCUUAUUACUGGAACGUGGAGACAGAUUUGGUAGCGUGGCUAUCACCAAAUGACCCAUCUGCUUUAAUAACAAAACCUGCAAAAAAACAAAAAGCUGAGGGAGAUGACAGAGGCGAACGUCCAAUUGAGAAGUCUGAUCGAGAGCGGGACCGAGACAGAGAGCGGUACAGAGACAGAGAGCGGGAAAGGGACCGAGAUCGGGAAAGGGACGAUAGGAGGGACAGAGACAGAAGAAAGCAGAGGAGAGAAGACAUAGCCCCUUAUAAUAAGGGCAAAAGAAAUAAAGGUAGAAAAGAAGAUGAACUAGACCCCAUGGAUCCAAGUGCAUAUUCUGAUGCUCCAAAGGGCUUAUGGUCAAGUGGUCUUCCCAAACGUAAUGAAGCAAAGACAGGAGCCGAUACCACAGCGGCUGGGCCUUUGUUCCAGCAGCGACCAUACCCUAGUCCAGGAGCUGUAUUGCGGGCUAACGCAGCUAACCAUCCUCCGAAGGAGUAACAUCAAUUCCUGGCUAUAAAGUUCUAAUUUCCAUCACAUUUGUCUGAGGCUUGCAAAAUAAUUAGCUAAACGUUCAAUCACCAAAGCUAGUUGGUUUGACCUUGCAAUACAUUGCUUCUUAAGGAGAGGGAGUUGCUAGUCAUUGUACUAACUGUACUAAGCUUCAAGGUGUAACCUAUGUGUAAAAUGAUUGUUUUAGUUACAACAAAUGUAAAUACGUUUUUAUAUUAUGUAAAGGAGGGAAUACUUUGUCACGAUAGCCACCUCGAGGCAUGGUUUGCUAAUAAAUGUGAAGAAACUUUGUAAA